AGUUAUUGUUUAUGAAUGUAUUAUGGGAAAACGACCAUAUGUUGGCAAAAGUAGAUAAGAAAUUAGAGAUCAAGUCAUAGCAAAAUAAGUUCAAAUUAAAAAUACAGACAUACCCACUGGAUGGUCAUUAGAGGCUGUUGAUUUUGCCAAUAAAGUAUUAGUUUUUUAUUAAGAGCAAGCUCAUUUAAAGAAAACCUGCUAAUAGAUUAGGUGUAAAUGGUCCUGAUGAAGUUAAGGCCCAUUAAUGGUUUAAAGAUUAUUCUUGGGAUAAAUUAUUGGAUAGAUAAAUAACAGCACCAUAUAUUCCCAGAGAGGAUGAAAUGAUUUCAAUAGCCAACGAAAAUCGUAGAGAUUCUGUUAAUGAAAUUGAUCCAGAAAGUGUAUUAAGUUUAAGAAGGAACUCAAUCUAAGGUAUUCAUACUUAUUGAUUUUUAGCUUAAUUUGGUGGAUAUAGUUUCAAUGGAAGCAAUAAUAAUAAUAAUAAUGCUAAGCCUCAAUCCACUAAUGUUAGUGUUCCAGCAAUAUUGUCAACAAAGGCUAAUUGA